AGGUUGUCGGAAGAAAUGCGCGCGCGACAAUCCCGAAAGGUAAUAUGGGAUAUAAUCAAUACACUGCUCGUAACGACUGAAAGUGCCCAUCACCUAAAAUUUUUUAUUUUCUUAUCUGAAACUAUACCUUAUUAAAAUAACUUCUGCGAAAAAAUUUUGCGGUUUGAACAAAACGCGAUUUUUUUACCAAUUUUUGAAGUCUACAUUUUUGCGGUACACUCGCGCCGCUGAUCAUCCGAACUAGCAAGCUCACAUAUGACGUGAUGUGACGUAAAUUAAGAAACUCGCAUUACCUUGCCUUCACCAGCUGUAAACACACACAAAAAAAUUUCAAGUAAGGCUUGAAUCACAAUGUCUUCGUAAGAAGAAAGUUUUUCUGAAAAAGAAAAACCUAUCAGAACUCUUAAUGUUUUCCUGUCGAUAAGGUCAUGUGUUCCUUAAAGUACGUCAUAGUCCGAGAGAAGACUAAGACGAAUGGUGUGUCAAAAUGGCGGCAAAUUUGAACGUUUUUAAAAAAUUCUAAAAAAAUCGUCUUUGGUUCAAAUCGCCAAAUGUUUUAGCAGAAGUUAUUUUGAUAAGGUGUAGUUUCAGAUAAGAAAAUAAAAAAUUUUAGGUGAUGUGCACUUGAAGCUGUCGACCUACUUUGGUUGCUUUCCUUUAGUACUCGCAAACAUAUGUCCGUGGCCUCCCGUACCAUUCUUUCAAAUUUCUUUGAAGAACAGUGCCCUCAAAGCCACCCACAAUACCUUUCGGGAUUGUUGCGUGCACUUUUUCCGACAACCUUUCUCGAAAUAGCUGUAUGCAGCAAUGAAAUGAAGAAGUCAGAGACAUUAGCUGUGUAUACUUUUUUAUUUUUCCAAUUUUCAUUCAUUUUCUUUUUAGGAUUGGAUCGGAUCACAACCGGCGUAUUUUUACGUUAUUUUUAAAACAACUUAUUUAAUUUUCGUAAACCUUCAAGCAGUUGCAGGCAGUAAGAAGUGUUGCUUUAGGUGGUAAAUUUUACAGGUUUCUGCUUCGUAAGGAGAACACUGCAAAGAACACACGAACUCAUCGCAAACUCAUGCACAUGUUUUAGUGAAAGCAUUGCAUACUUCUGGGUACUUCAAAAGACGGCUUCAGAAACUCCUCCGAAAAUAAUAGUUAAUCAAAAAACCUCAUUUACAAGACAUAUUGAUCUACGAGUAACAGCCAAUCAAAUUAUUUUCCACACAUUCGGAAAAAUCAUGUGGUCUCCAUACAACUAUGGUGAAUCAGAGACGCCCUUUCCCCAAUUUUUUCUGAGGGGGACAAGCUGUGCACGGGCUAAAGCUGUGAAAGAUGUUAUCAUUGUGAUUAAUGUACAUGUACAUUUCAACUUAUCUACCCUCUUUGCGGUCAGUCACAUUUUGAGAGCUUAGAAAUUCCCUGAAUGGAGGGUUAAACCCGGGUUUUGGGACUACAAAAAGUGUCCCAUUCACCUGAAUAGAGGUGUUCCUUCAACAAAUUAAUGAAACAAAUACAAACAUUAUGUGAACAUUUUUCCUGGACCUAAUUUUGUGUCCCCUGAAAGGAAGCGUCCCUUGAAUAGAGGUGUCCCAAAAGAAAGGUUCCACUGUAACUAAUCAGCAGAACCUUAGACAAUAUUUAUUAUUACAGAAUUUCACAAACAAGUUCUGUGCUGACGUAUUCCCUGUUCACAGAUGUACCUCCAUAAAACCUUUUCAAAGCAAGGUAUUGUCGUAAAUGCCAUUUUAGUUUCAAAAAAAUUAUAUGAACGCAAGUGUGGCUUGAUCUGAACUUAAAUUCCUAAGCCUUACUAAAUCCCUAAGUGCCUGAGAAAUUUCUACGAAAUCUAAAGUGAUUGUUAUAAAGAAUAUUAUGAUUUGUUAAGUAUUUAUAGAUAGGAUUAUAAACCACUUUAUCGUAAAGUUUAGAAAAAGCUGGAAGAAUGGAAAUGGGCCAAUAAUUUUCAAGCUUUUCUGGAUCAUCAGUUUUAAGAAUAGGGAGAAUUUUUGCGAUAUUGAGGGUAUUAGGAAAGCACUCACUUACUAAAGAUAGGUUAAUAAUUUCAGUUAAGGGUUCAACAAUAUUAUUCUCAUCGUAAUAUUAUCCACUCCAGAAGCUUUAUAAGAGUUAAAACUAUGUACUAUGGCUCUAAGUUCAUCAGCUGCGAGACGCUGAAAUUCCAAAGGUGUUUGUGUGGUUUGGCCUUAGAAAUCUCUGAAGUUAGCAGUGGAGGGUGAGAUUCUAGCUGCUAGAUUGGGACCCAUGUUAGAAAAAUACUUGCUAAAGCUGGUAGCAAUAAAAGUGGGAUCUGAGAUAAGCUCACCAUUACUUUUAAAAAAGAGGGGCAGGUUAGUUUAGACUUGCAUUUAUUAAGUACCUCAUUAAGGAUUUUCCAUCUAGUUUUUGUCAUUUUUGGAGGCUGCAAGUUUAUGAUCAUAGACGUUUUUUUCCCAAUCCUUAUUGGGCGAUUUAGCUUAUUUUUAAAAGUUUUAUAAGUCUUUUCAACAGCGACACUUGGGUUCUAAAGAAAUUUUUUGCAAAGUUUUGCUUUUGUCCUUAUGGAUUUCAAAAGGCCUUUAGUGAGCCAAGGGUUAUGACAUGAUUUUUUAGCACAAUACUCAAGUUGAAUGGUUUUAAGGAACGUUUUUGUCAUAAUUAUUAUACUUCACUGAAUUCAUAGGCUGAAUUGGCAUCUGAUUUAUCAAGAUUCUCCCAAUCAACACGUUCUAAGGAGGAACAAAAAUUGUUUACAUGUUCAUCUUUGUAAUCAAGGAUAACAAUGCUUUCUCUUUUGGUGGAAGUGUCGAAAUCAAAGUUUCCCCGACUAAUUGAAAAAAUCGGCAAGUGGUCAGAUAAAUCAUUUACAAUCAGUCCAUUGGCAGAUAGACAAGUAACAUUAUUAGUGAAAAUAUUAUCAAUAAAAGAGGUGGUGUUAGAUUUUAUAUGGGUGGGCUUUGUGAUCAUGGGGUACAGUAGGUGAGAAAACAUAAGCUUGACAAAUUCUCCUGUGAUGGCACGUUGCUCAUGCCAUAAAAGAUCUAAAUUAAAAUCGCCCAUGACAUAACAGAUCUUAUUCUCUCUAGAAGUAGUGGACAAUAAUUUUUGCAAUGAAUCCAAAAAGUAACUUACGUUUUCAUCGGGCGUUUGAUAAAUUAAUAGUGCCAACUAUGACAUUUCCCCCCCUAGGGAUAUUGGAUCUUGUUUACUGCGGGUAAUGUCGACCGAGAUAUCGGUCGACAUAGUGGUCGACAUAGCGGUCGUUAUAGCGGUCGACAGUCGGUCGAUAGUUGGUCGAUAGUCGGUCGA